AUGCCCCCGGCAGCACCUGACGACCUCAUCCGCCAGCACAGCCGGUCUCUCGAAGACGAUAGUCCCUUCAUCCCGGAACAGCCCAGACCCAUUCCAGAGCAUGAACCAAGUGGGAAAAGCAAAAAGAAGAAAGGCAAGAAGGCCAAGGCAGCCAAGGCAGCAGCGGAGACUCCACCGGAUGAGUAUGUACCCGGUGAUUGCUUCUCUGAUGAACGCGCGCCAUUGACGCGUGAUUACAUGGACAGUAUCCCAGCAUUCUCUCCGCCCCCGGCGGAGUUAUCCAUUCCAGAUCAUGAACCUGAAUCUAAGCAAACUCUUGGUGAACCUGAGACCGCACCUGCACCUGAGCCCGCACCUGAGCCCACACUUGAGCCGGAACCUGAGCCUGAACCUCUCCCCGCCCCUGAGCCCCCUAUUGAGCAUGUAAACCCCCCUAUCACGUCGCCUGCACUGGGUGCUCUCGACUCGCUCGACGGGCCCCCAGGUGACGACUUCACUACUCGCACCGAUACCUGGGCCCAGUCUGUGCCUUAUGGAAAGAGUCCUCCUACCGACCUCAUGGAUGGAGACAUUCCGAAUGCGUCACCUCUGAACUUCCCUACUAUUCAAGAGCGUGGCUUCAGCAAUCCCUCCUCGGCAUCGCCUCAGACUCGGACCUUACCAUCUAGCUACGGAAAUGGCUAUGGCAACGGCUACCGAAGCAGCAUGCAGUCAAGGCAACAAUCUGUGGAUAGAAGAAAGAGCCACUCCUACGGAAGCCCCAUGGGCAACCCACAUCCGCUCCCUCAUCUUCCCCAGGCUCAUUUCUUCGGAGCACCGGAGAUUGAUAUUCUUCCGAGCCAGAACCGACCACUCACCGACGGAAAUUAUACGUUCUGCGGCUUCGAUACGUUGCCCAACUUAUCGCCCAAAGCAUCACGGACAGGAAUGAAUGUUUUGUUGGUUGGAACAGACGGCGGAGUGGAAAUACUUGCCAUUGAGGAUCGUCGAACGCGGCUCGUCGGACAAAUCACCGGGCUGAACGGUCGUGUGAUUGAAGCGAAACUUUUGACCAGUCACUCUUCAAGUGAUCCUUUCGCAUCAUCUAGGCCCCAUGUGGCUGUUGUAGUUCACGGCCCACAGCCCCCAACCGAAGAAGAUGGUCGUGUCUCAUCCACAACAUCGGAUGCAAACGAGGUCGCCCCAUCUAUGAUCCGAGGUCCUUCCCACGAUAAACGUGGACGGGAUGAAACCAAAUUUUAUCAAACCCGAGUCGAGGUUUACUCUUUCCGGACUGGCGAACAUGUUACUACCCUCUUUGCAAGCAAACCUGUGCCGUGCCUAGAGACCCUUCCAGGCCUUCCAUCCUUUGCGCCUCCAGCGGUGGGCAGUUUGAAACUACACACCUCAGGGGCGUAUAUUGUCCUCGCUUCAGGGAUCAGUGGUGAACUGUAUGUCUAUAGACAUGCUCCAUCCCCUGAAGCGGGUACUUACCAGUGCUUGGGUAAGACCUGGACUGGGGUGCAGUCGCAAGGAAGUCGUCGCUACUCGACUUCUUCAAGCUCGACUACCGAGCCAGAAGGGACUCGCUCAGAUUCUCCACACCGUGCUUCAAUUCUCGAGAGGCCGAUUUUGGCCGUUCAAGGAAGAUGGCUGGCUUUUGCCCCACCGUCCUCGUCCCACCGAGGAUCGAUACAUGGAACUGUUCCUUCAAGCUUGUGUCACGGCAAAGCUACAGGGAUUGAUACCCGUGGUCCUCCUGCAGUGCCUUCAGUUUCAUGUGCUACUGAUGUUGGCGAAGGAGAAAGCUUUCUAGAUAAGAUGGCAAGAGGGGUUGCCCAAGAGCUUGUAAAAGGUGCCCGCUGGAUGGGCGACCAAGGCAUGCAGGCAUGGAACAACUAUUGGAAUGCCCAACAAGCAUCUGGCACCUCUCCACGCCGGCCACCUCCAGGCCCGGACUCCCAACCCCAGGGGUAUGGGCUUUUCCCACCUACACAUGGUCAGGAUACACAGGCCUCGCCAUCUGAGCCUGACACGGUGUCUAUCAUCGACUUAGGGCGGUUUGAAGACAGUAGCGAUAUCCGAAAUGUUCUCACCCACCCUGUCUCGACUUUCCAGGUACCCAAUGGCUGCAGCUUUUUAUCGCUGUCACCCAAUGGCCUGAUGUUGUUCACAGCCAGUAAGAAGGGUGAUGUUCAAUAUGUGUGGGACCUGAUGCAACUCAAAUAUUGCCGGUCAACAGCUUUCAUGGCCGAUGACCAAACCGGUCAAAAUCCCAAUGUACGACAGAUUGCUAGAUAUGCACGCUUAACUACAUCCAGCAUUGUCGAUGUGAUUUGGACUGCGCCUACGGGUGACCGAUUGGCUGUCAUUACCCGUAAAGGCACUGUCCACGUGUUCGACCUACCUCGGAGUGCUUUCCAAUGGCCUCCAUUCCGUCGCGGAAAGCCGACAGCAACUAAAGCACCACAUACUGACUCUGUGUCAGAAGACUUAGCUAAUGAGCCUACUGCGGGCGGAAGCUCAUUAUCAGCAGCUAUGAAAUUGGUAGGUGGCAAGGCACAACCUUUCUUUUCCGCUGUGCGGGGUCGUGUUCCGUCUACUGGGGCUGCUUUUCCGAAUAUGAGUGGAUUUGCACUUCCAUCGGCCGCCAGCGUGAAGAGCGGAAAGGUUGUUGCCGCUGGCCUAAGUAAGUCUAUGGGUGCGGCUACCGGAACGGUCAAUACCUUGCGUCACGUUGGCGAGAACCGCCUCCAUUUAUCAGGGCUUGCUCGAGACCCCGCGUCCUCGCGAGUGACCUGGAUCUGCACCAAGGGUCUGAUCUUCCUUGGUGUAGUUGAUGGUGGGUUUUUCAAACUUUAUCGUCUCAAGCGCGCCUCUGUCUCGGGUCAGAAAAGCCGCCAGCCUCACUCUGUCGUGGGUGGCAAAGAGUCUCAGAUCAAAUUACCUGCCAACCUGCAAGGCCCGUGUGGUCCAGCCCCUAUGGCUACUUUUGAUCCAGAUCUGGCAGUGCAUGCCACUCUGGUUCUGCCAUCCGCCAGUUCUCAGCCUUCUACCUCCCGACCACUCUGCCAGCCUCUCUCGCAGGCAGAGAUUGAGACAAACACCCCAUAUCAACCCUUCCAUACGGACCAAAGGGUUGGACUGAGUGUGUUUUCUCCUGGCAGCGACGGAAGUGCGCCGAAUGGCCCGUGGGUUUUCGGCAAUGAGAUCCCAAUGACCAAAGUCCAUCUGAGAUCAUUCAAUAGUAGCAGCGAUGAUCACGGUGACGAUGAAGAUGAGAACGCUGCUAUUCACGGCAAUUCGCUCGGUGCUGGGGGUGAGAUAGAGAACCUCAUUACCCUCGGCAAUAGCACGGGUAACGUCGAGGAAGUUGUGAUCACAACUCGUCGGAAGAAGAGACACUCCACUCCCCUCAAGGCCGACGAUGGCUUUUUCGAGGACGACUGCGAAGUUCUCGAUUUUGCCCGCGACCGCGUUUAA